AUGUUCUCCCUACCACCGUCAUCUUUACCGAUCUCCGGUCUUUUUAACGGCGACAUCCAUUCGUCCAAGCCUUUUCACCAAUGGCACCUGUCAGCCGUCAGAUCUGACGGCGACGGCGUGGCCGGUGAAUUGGACGGGUCUGGCCCGCCGUCAGAAGCCGCGAAGCCGGUGGUGGUGUUGCUGGGUUGGCUCGGCGCGCAGCAGCGGCAUUUGCGGCGGUACGCUGAGUGGUACACGUCACGCGGUUUCGACGUAAUCACGUUCGUCAUCCCGUUUAAAGACGUCCUCAGUAUCCGACCCGGAGAGAAGGCGGAAGUCCACGUGGACAGUUUAGUAGACGAGCUGCACAGGUGGCUAUCGGGAACUGGUCCAGAGGCGGCCUUAUCCGCCACGUCAGCCCCCGUGAAUCAGGGAGAGCCGAAAGAGCCACGCACGCUGAUGUUCCACACUUUCAGUAACACGGGAUGGCUGACCUACGGAGCGGUACUUAAUCGGCUGCAUGAUAAGUACGGCAAGGCGGCAAUCGACGCGGCGAUCAAGGGAUGCGUCGUAGAUUCCGCGCCGAUCUUGGAGCAGGACCCGCAGGUGUGGGCGCGCGGAUUCGCCGCCGCGAUCCUGCAGAAGCGCAGCUCCGCCACCCGCGCGGGGCGCACGGAGGUUUCCGCAACUGCGGAAGCGUCCGCUGCUUCUGACUCGGCAGUUCCGAAGGCCGAAUCAUCUUCCGCGGGCGGCUUUGCGAAGGGAAGCGCUGAAGCGGUUGAGAAGGAGGCGAAUGGGAAGGUGUGGGUGGUGACGGAAAGAGGCGAGUGGGACGCACAGCCGAAAGACGAAGCUCGCCCCGCCGCGAUCGACGGUCCGAAGCACCACCAUCGCAGUUCCCUAGGCUUCGCGUCUCUCACUGCUGAGAUGGACGUUGUGGAGGAGGGAGAGGAGAGGAAGGAGAGGAGGCGGAGCGCGGGUGGUGUAGCGGGAGAGCGAGCGGGGGAGGGAGGGGUGAAGAAGGUGGUGAAGGCGGAGGAGGAUGCGGUGGAGAAGACAUUGCUGAACGUUCUGCGAAGGUUCUUCACGUGGGUGCUGCAGCUCCCUGUUGUCAAGACGUAA